UUCAGUGUGGCGGCGGUGGCGGGGAGGGGAGUCGAUAGAAUCUCAUCGAUAACUGAGCUCCUUCACCCUACCGCCCCUUCCCCCACCUCUUGGCGGUCUCUCUACUCCCCCCCCCGAGAUAGGAAUGGGGGUCGGUGGGUGAAUGAGGAGCUCUGAAGCGUUUCCAAGGGCGCCGAUGGUUAAACGGGCACUUGUCAAUGUAGGCGCCUCGUUUCGUUAUUGUCUUCUAAAGCUCUCGUUGGUUGUUGCUUUCUUCCCCCCAGAACAACAACAACAACAACAGAAGCCCUGGGAACAUGGGGCUCUUUCGCUGAGUGAUAAAGUCUCCCUUUCGUCUUCGGGCGGCGCUGGCGCUGGCUGAGCCUCCUUGCCUCACCAUCGGCACUCCGUGGGGUGGGGGGACAGGCGUGGAGAGGGUGAAAAGUGGUGGUUGUGGGGGGCGGAGGGGCCUCUGAGGAAAUGGAAGGACCCGCCGGACGAUCCGCGGAAGAAGCGGACCCGUCUCUCUUCACCGUCAAACACGAGCUGAAGAACGCAAACUUGACUGGUCAUGUAGAGAAGGUGGGCAUUGAGAACUUUGAACUGCUGAAAGUUCUUGGGACAGGAGCUUAUGGGAAGGUGUUUCUAGUCAGGAAAAUAAGUGGUCAUGAUGCUGGCAAGUUAUAUGCCAUGAAGGUUUUGAAAAAAGCAACAAUAAUUCAAAAAGCCAAAACAACUGAACAUACGAAGACUGAACGGCAAGUACUAGAACACAUACGACAGUCUCCAUUUUUGGUGACUUUGCAUUAUGCGUUUCAGACAGAUGCAAAGCUUCAUCUCAUUUUGGAUUACAUAAAUGGAGGAGAACUUUUUACCCAUCUUUCACAAAGAGAGAGAUUUACUGAAGAUGAGGUACGAAUAUACAUUGGAGAGAUUGUAUUAGCACUUGAACACCUGCACAAGUUGGGAAUUAUAUAUCGUGAUAUAAAACUUGAGAAUAUUCUACUUGAUUCUAAUGGCCAUGUGGUACUGACUGACUUUGGCUUGAGUAAGGAGUUUGUUAGUGAUGAAAAUGAAAGAGCAUAUUCCUUCUGUGGAACUAUAGAAUAUAUGGCUCCUGAUAUUGUUAAAGGAGGGGAGACAGGUCAUGAUAAGGCUGUUGAUUGGUGGAGUCUAGGUGUUCUUAUGUAUGAAUUAUUAACAGGAGCAUCACCUUUUACUGUUGAUGGGGAAAGAAACUCACAAACUGAGAUAUCUAGGAGAAUAUUGAAAAGUGAACCUCCUUAUCCCCAAGAAAUGACUGCUCUAGCCAAAGAUAUAAUUCAAGGUCUUCUGAUGAAAGAUCCCAAGAAAAGACUGGGCUGUGGUUCAAAUGGUGCUGAUGAAAUAAAACAGCAUCCCUUCUUCCAGAAAUUGAGUUGGAAUGACUUGGCUGCCAAAAUAGUGCCAGCUCCAUUUAAACCAGUAAUUCGUGAUGAAUUGGAUGUUAGUAACUUUGCAGAGGAGUUUACAGAAAUGGACCCAACAUAUUCUCCAGCAAGCACACCACAAGCUGCAGAUAAGCUUUUCCAGGGAUAUUCCUUUGUUGCUCCUUCUAUCUUAUUCAAACGUAAUGCAGCCACUAUGGAUCCUGUUCACUUCCUGACAGCAGUGGACCGACCUGGAAUUACAAGUAUUGCCAGGAGUGCUAUGAUGAAGGACUCUUCAUUUUAUCUUCACUAUGAACUGGACCUGAAAGAAAGACCACUGGGAGAAGGAAGUUUUUCCAUCUGUCGAAAAUGCUUACACAAGAAAACUAGCCAAGAAUAUGCAGUAAAAAUAAUUAGUAAAAGGUUAGAAUCCAACACUCAGAGAGAAAUAACAGCUUUAAAACUUUGCGAAGGACAUCCCCAUGUUGUGAAGCUGCAUGAAGUUUACCAUGAUCAGCUCCACACUUUUCUAGUAAUGGAACUUUUGAAAGGAGGAGAAUUACUUGAACGUAUCCAGAAAAAGAAGCACUUCAGUGAAACUGAAGCUAGUUAUAUAAUGCGCAGACUUGUUUCAGCAGUGAGCCACAUGCACGAUGUAGGAGUAGUCCACAGAGACUUAAAACCUGAGAAUUUAUUAUUUACAGAUGAAAAUGAUAGUUCAGAAAUAAAAAUAAUUGAUUUUGGAUUUGCCCGCUUAAAGCCACCUGACAAUCAGCCUCUUAAAACGCCGUGUUUUACCCUUCAUUAUGCUGCACCAGAGCUCUUAAAUCAUAGUGGUUAUGAUGAAUCCUGUGAUCUCUGGAGUUUGGGAGUCAUUUUGUAUACAAUGCUCUCAGGACAAGUACCCUUCCAGUCUCAAGAUAAAAAUGUAACAUGCACAAGUGCAUUGGAAAUUAUGAAGAAAAUUAAGAGAGGAGAGUUCUCUUUUGAAGGAGAUGCUUGGAAGAAUGUCUCUCAGGAAGCCAAAGAUUUGAUACAAGGACUUCUUACAGUGGAUCCAAAUAAGAGAAUUAAAAUGACCAGUUUGAGAUACAAUGAAUGGCUUCAAGAUGGUAGCCAACUGUCAUCCAACCCGUUAAUGACUCCAGACAAUUUAGGAUCUUCAGGAGCUGCUGUACACUCUUAUGUCAAAGCAACCUUUAAUGCCUUUAACAAAUACAAGAGGGAAGGAUUUUGCCUACAGAAUGUUGACAAGGCACCUCUUGCAAAAAGAAGGAAGAUGAAAAAAACAAGUACAAGUACCGAGACUCGCAGCAGUUCCAGUGAAAGUUCUCAUUCUUCUUCUUCUCAUUCACAUGGUAAAACUACUCCUACAAAGACCCUGCAGCCAGCAAAUCCUGCAGACAGCAAUAAUCCAGAGAGCAUCUUCCAAUUCUCCGACUGAAAAACAGAGAUUUGCUCUGAUGAAGAAUUUGCUGGCAUAUGUGUUCCUUUAAAAAGAGUGUUUAGAUGUGUAUGGAAGGACUUCUGGUCCAGUGGAGGCGUCCACUAAAAUAGGAGGAGAGGCAUUCAUUAACUCUAUUCUGGAGUGUCCCCCAACUCUGGUGCAGAUUCUUGGGGUGGGCAAUGGAGGCUGAGAUGGGGAACUCAGUAAGAACUGAAUCCCACCUCUUCUGUUAGCAAAUGCCUCUGCUGGAUCAAAAAUCCUUCCAUAAGCACACAAUCACUUGUUGGAUUCUGCCCAUAGCUUAUAGGCACACAUUUUAUUUUCUAAUCUUUUGUUUCAGUCCUAGUCUGAAAAAUGACAUGUUAAAAUACUGCUGUGGUUAUAACCAGCAUUGAGGUUGUUGAAGCUAUUAAUGAACAAAGCUUGGGGUGGAAUUCAACAUCAUGCUAAUAGUUUCCUCCCCACCAGCACAAGCAUUUCUGCUUGCCAGACAGAACCAUCUCCCCUCUCCUCCCCCUGUGUGCUGUUCUGGGGGUUCUCCCAACUCACCACCUUUGUGGGAGGAGCGGGCAGGGUACAUGGGGGGGAGGAGAAGGGGGGGAAAGCUUGAUUGUGCUACUGGGAGUCCCAGCACUGGCUUCCACUAACACACUGGGUUAGUUGAAUCCGGCCCUUGUAGUCCUUUGAGGUAGCUGGACAUGCAAAAUAGGCUUUCUCAUUGCUAGUUAAGGAACUAUAGUUUCAUAAGCUCUCAGAACUCCCUUUACUAGCAGUGACUGUCCAGGAUUCAUGCAGAUACCUUAAUUAAGGCUGGGUUUCUUUGGAAAUUUCUGUAUAUUGGAAAGAUGACAGUAUGAUUUUAUGAGUCUUGAAACAUAAUGGCCAGGAUCAAAAAUAGUGGCUUUCACAAAUGCAGCAGCUUUUGUCCAUAUGCAGGUUUCCUGCAUAAGGAAAAUCAAGUCACAUCCAAAGAUAAUUUUCAGCAUGUGAAAUGGAUGCACAGAUCCUUGCACAAUACACAGGCAACAUUUUUGCUGUUCAGGGCUUGGCAACUAGUAUGCAGAACUUUGUGAUUACUUCUUCUGUAGAUUUUGGCCAUUUCCUAUUUUCUAUUUUGAAUGACUUUUGGGGUUUUUUAAUAGCUUCUAAUACAGUACUUAUAAAAGGAACUUACUGUUUUCUUAGCAUUCAGUGCUAAAAACAUGUCAAGAUUUUCUAAACAAAUAGGUUUAUCUUAUACAGUAUAUUUAUGCCUAGUUGCUAAAUAUAAAAAUGAUUUUCUCUUAAUUGCAAAUUCUAUAUUCCUGCUAUCAUGUGUGGGUCCAAAAAUUAAGCAUGCUGUGAUAUAUUUGACAGUGUGCUAUCUAGUUGUAGCAUAAUAUUUGAGGUUUUAAUGAUACGUAAUGCUUACGCAUGAUUUGGUACACCUAUAAUUGCAUUUGGUGAGUAGCUGAACAAAGUGAAAAAUGCCUUUUGGAGAUGCUGUGUAACUUGGAGAUGCUCUAGUAACUGCAGUGAGAAUUAUGAACUUACCACACCAUUCAGCUUUGCAAUAUUAAGCUUUUGUUUUCUUGCCAUGAUUUCCAGACCUAUAUGCAAUACUCUUCAGAUUGUGCCUCCUCUCAUGUUGGGGCAUGUUUUGACUUUAAACCAUAUAUGCACUGGGAAAACUAAAGGGAUAUUCUAUCAAACACUGUGCUUCACAUUUGUACACUGUGUUUGUAAUACGGUAAGAUUUCCUACCGUAGCUGUAAUAUAUUUGGAAUCAUAAAUGUGACUUAUUGAUGCAUUUAAAAUGGUAACGUUUUUAAUUGUGAUGCAUAAUUUCUCAACAUAUGCAGAGCACUUCUACAGCACAUGUGCUCCAAUCUUGCAAAAAGUUAUUGAGUAGUCCCAUUGUGAAUUCUUUGGGGCAGUUUGUGUAAAGUUAAACUCAUGCAUAGAUAUUUGCAUGAUCAGAGAACAUCUAGUAGUUUGUAAAAACACCUUGCUGCAUUGUAAAAUAAACUAGAUCCAAAUCCUAUGCAUAUAUAUAUAUAUAUAUAUAUAUAUAUAUAUAUAUAUAUAUGGCUUGUUUACAAAGUUGCAUCUAUUAUCAGUGUUUUGAGAAAUCUAAUGCAGGCUUACCUAUGGAAAUUGAUGGAAAACUGUCUUGAAAAGAGUAUAUUUUUUCUGUGUUGCUGUAGUGUAAUUGGUAGCACUUUCAUCAGGAAUGAGAUUAAUGGUUCAAGAGGUAUUUUAUGUGUGGCUUUCUAGAUUCUUGUCAGCAUUCUUGCAAUCAAAUUGUCAUUUACAGAAAAGUUGAGAUUCUAGCCUUUGUUGUAGCCUUGCGGAUCUAGUGAUAGAAACUAGGAAGCUUGUAAUCUAGCAACAGAUGAGCAAUGUGAUCUUUUGCAUGUUUGUUAAUGCAUGCUUACUUAAAAGCAAAAGCUGCUGAAGUUUAACUGACUAGCAAGGAUCAUAUAAUUGCAACCAUAAUUAUUUUGUCCCUUGAGGUGGCUUAAGUGACUUAAUCAUUUGACAUCCUAAUCUGAGUUUGUUCACAAUUGGAGUUGCUAAUUCCAAGAUCCAUACAGCAUAGAAUUAACACAGCUUGUUCACCAGAUGUGCCUUGGCUUCCACACUGUGUUUAGGAACUUACAUUAUGCCUGCAGUUUGUAUAUUCAAACAUGGACGGGACAGAAGCUUGUACUGUUUUUUUUCCUUCCAUUUUUUUCAUUUUUAAGGCAGAUAAGCUGGAACACUUAAAAGUUUCCAGUAUGGCCCUGGUGCUAAAAAAGUGGCACAUCUUUGAGUCUGAGAAGUUCUCACAGUUUAUUUAUAUGAAUUACUUAGGCCAGGCAUCCCCAAACUUUGGCCCUCCAGAUGUUUUGGACUACAAUUCCCAUCAUCCCUGACCACUGGUCCUGUUAGCUAGGGAUCAUGGGAGUUGUAGGCCAAAACAUCUGGAGGGCCAAAGUUUGGGGAUGCCUGACUUAGGCUGUAGUCUUUUGCAUACUUAUUUGGAAGCCCCAUUGAAUUCAGUGGGGCCUAAUUCUGAGUAAAUAUGCAUAGGAUUGUGCUCUUAAUUUAAUACUUUGAGAUAAAUUGCCACAGAGCUUCUAAACUGAUAGAAAAUAUGAAAACUGUAUUGUUUACAUUAUCCGGAUCUUUAUAUUUUAAAGUUUUAUGUGAUGAUAGCACAAAUAACUUAAAGUAGUAGUUUAAAUUAAGCUGUUCAGUACUAUGCCAGCAUUUAGUUUGGAUUCACUUGGUGAAUCUUUCUUCAAGAAUAUGACCUUCCCUUCCCUCUCCACCCCCCAUUGUAUUGACCUAUACAAUGGAACAUUUUCUCUGUAAUAAAUCAAUGCAUCAUGAUUAUGCAAAAACCACCAAUUAAUAGAUGAAAGCUAUUUUAGUGUUCAGUAAAUUAAACAGAAAUGUUUUGCUAUACUUCUUUUGAUUUUUCCAUUUCACUUUAAAGAUUGAUUAAAAUGUGUACUUUUAAAAAUAAAUUCUUAGGAGUUCAGCAGAUUAAAUUGCAAUGCGGUGAGCCCUAAUUUAAAUCUAUAUGUAGUUUAAAAUAAUUAUUUAAAACAAUCUAGUCCCUUUUGGAGAAAUCCAAAUAAAUGGUGUUUUAUAUUAGAAUAGUUUCAUUGAUAUUUGGUAGGACUUCAUAAAACGUGCAGAGUAAAAUAAUGAUUUAAUUUCUCAGGAAAAGGGGGAGUUUGUAUUUCCAUUGUUCUCUUGCACAGGCAGCUAUCAAGAAAGAUCGUGAACAUUUUUGUACUCUUGGGAGUGGAUUUUAUCUGAUAAAAGCAUAAGUGGGUGCAGAGCACAACUUUGAUUAUGUUUUUAUUCAAAUAGUUAUGUUUUCAAAAUUUUGAAUGCGUACAUUAUAUAAUUUUAUUGGUUACAUUUUGAAAUAGGUAUAAUAUGCUAAGUAGAGAAAGUAGUAUAAUAAUAGUGAUUAAGUGGUAGAGAUUAAGUGGUACAGAUGCAGUUGUGUUGCCAUAAAUGCUACUUGCAUCGGACAAUUAAUUAGUUUAAUAAAAUGUUAUUCCUUCAAGCUGAUAGAAAAAAAAUACUAAAAGCGUGAAGCAAAUAAUUUCUUAUGGCUUGAUCAUGUUUAGUCUUCAGUCUAUCAGGCAAAUGGAUAUUGUUUCCUGUUUGCAGUGCAACAGAACUGGGGACAGGACUGUGGAUGACUCCCUUCUCUGGCUAAUUUGUUAAUUGAUUCUCCAGGACACCAGUAGGUCGGUGCAAUAUUAUUUUAGGAAACUCCUCCAGUGAAGCUAGAAAACUUUGGGGUUUUUUUUGUUUUAAUUUCAGGAAAAAAUGUUUAAUAUAUUUACAGAGAAAAUAUUUGUAUCGGGUAUACAUAAAAACAAUCCAUAUGCACUUUUACAUGGAGGAAGCAGGGAAGAUGUGAUUUUGAGGAACCGGGCAGGGCAGGGGUGUUGCAAGGAGAAGGGGAAAUAAAUUAAAUUUUCCAUUUGCCUGUGGGAGAAUUCUGUUCUGGGGAAAUCUGGAUCCUACCUGAUGAACCAAACAAGGAUAAAAUGUAAACCCCAAAUUUUAUAUACAGUAAUUAAUCAGGGUUUCUUUUCUACUGGAGAAAGCCAUGUAAACCCACAGAUAUUGGUAUGGCUAAAUAUAUAAUUUUCUGAUAUGUUUAUGUUAAGGCUUAUAUUGCUACAAAAGAGAAGAUAAUGUUGGUUUGUGACAUGAAACAUAAUUGUUAUGAUAGUUAUCUGUGUGCAAAGCUUGUUCCCCUUAAUUGAUUUUGUGUCCUUCACUAGUUAAGGUUUCAUGCUAAAAUCCUUUACAGGGUUAACUGGGAGUAAGCUCCAUUGAACUCUGUGGGAUUUAUUGCUGAGUAAAUAUAUACAUAAGAUUGUGUUAUGGAUUGUGUUAUACAUAAUCCUGCAUAGUCAAUUGAAGGUUUAAUUCAGUUGAACUAAAAUCAAAACAAUAGGCUUUAUUUAUUUCCAUCUCUCUUUUUAUUGACUUAGUCCAUCCAGCCCAUUACAGUCUGAAUAGUAGUAGUACAUCUCCAGGAUCUAAGGCAAGGCUCUUCUCCAGUCCUGCUACCAGAGAUUAUUUAAACCAGGGGCCCCAAACUACGGCCCCCGGGCCGGAUGCGGCCCAAUUGGCCUCCCAAUCCGGCCCGCGACGACCCCCGCCGCCCGCUGCCGCUGCCCGCUCUUACGGCGCGCGGCGCGGCGGCGAUCUUCAAAAUUGGCAAAAAAAUCGCCGAAAAU